AUGCGGCGCUCUGACCGUGUUUACAUCCGAGAGCUCGGCGCACUGGAGUGCCAGGCUCAAAGAGCUGAAUCUCCUCCCCUCCCGUCCUCCCUCCCCACCAGCGCCCCUCCCGGGUUCCCAAAGCAGAGGGCGGGGGAGAUAGAAAAAAGAUCCUCUCUGGUGAGUCCCCGCCCACCAGCCCUUUAUAGGCGAGGGUCUCCGCUGCGGAGGACCCCCGGGCUGCGCUUCUCGCGGCUACCGAAGCGGCUGGCUCGCCGCGGCCGCCGCCGGGCUCCACCACUGCCUGGAAGGGCAGGGCUACUCUGA